GUGGCCCUGCCAGGCAGGGGGGUUGGAACUACAUGAUCCUUGAGGUCCCUUCCAACCCGGGUCAUUCUGUGAUUCUGUGUGAUAAGGUUUAGAUUUUGGGUGGUCAUGUGCAGAGUCCAGAGUUAGUCUCAGUAAUCCUUGUGGGUCCCUUCCGGCAUGGGAGAUUCACACCUUGCUCUGAAUGGCAGCUUUCUGUCUGAGGGUGAACAUGCAGAGAACGCUCAGCCAGCAACAGCAUUACAGGAGCAAACUGCAGGACCCCAGGGAGCUUGAGAGAUGGAGCUCAACACUGGGAUGACUCCCACAGCCUGACACAGCCACAGGACAGCUAUGGAGGAGGAUUCCUGAUUGGUGAACCUGACAUAACCUGCCCAGAUGGACCAAGGAGAAGAUCAGGAUCAUGAGGCCUCAAAGGAGAUAUGCAUGGGUGCUGAGAUCAGUCCCUUUCUGAAUCACUUUGCAAGCACAGAUCAGCAGGACUUGUUGUCCUCCAUAGGAGGAGAGGAACAGCUGGAGAACAGCCAUGGAAGUCAGUGUGGUUCCACAGAGGCAUGGCGAGGUGACCACAGGGAGGCAGAGGAGGCCAAGCUGCCUUGCUCUGCCAUCAGCCUGGUGAAAAGACAAGAGAGAAGGGUGGCAGGAGCCGCACAGCGAGCCCCUGGUGCAGAGCGGCCCACCAUCUGCUCCGAGUGUGGCAAGGGAUUCAGCCGGAGCAUCCACCUCAUCCAGCACCAGCGAAUGCACACUGGGGAGCGCCCGUUCUUGUGCGGGGAGUGUGGCAAGGGCUUCAGCCAGAGCUCCAACCUCAUCCAGCACCGACGGGUCCAUACUGGCCAGAAACCCUACAGCUGUGCAGAGUGUGGGAAGAGCUUCAAAAACAGUUCCAGCCUCACCAUCCACCAGCGCAUCCACACAGGAGAGAGACCAUAUAAGUGCUCUGAGUGUGGGAAGAGCUUCAGUGACAGCUCCACCUGCAUCAAACACCAGCGUAUGCACACAGGCGAGCGGCCCUACAAGUGCCCAGCCUGUGGGAAAAGCUUCAGCCAACACUCCCACCUCCUCCAGCACCAGCAGGUUCACAACGGUGUCCGGCCUUACUCUUGUGGUCAGUGUGGCAAACGCUUUGGGCAGAGCUCUGACCUCAUUAACCACACUCGUACCCACACCGGUGAGAAGCCUUACAAAUGCAGCCAGUGCGGCCGGGGCUUCAGUGGCAACUCCAACCUCAUCAAGCACACCCGCAUCCACACGGGCGAGCAACCGUACCACUGCAGCCAGUGCGGAGCAAGCUUUCGUUUCCAGCCCCAGCUGGUGCGCCACCAAAAGCACCAUACAGGGUAGUUGGCCAUGUGGACCAUGGGCUAUGGACUUGGUGCUGCUGGACACCUCGUAUGGGGUGUGAACAGGGGGCAUGGAGCCCUCAGAGCCUGUGCCCCUCUGGGUAAAUGGGUCUGUGAGCGCUGCCUGGGCACUCAGCCUGCACUGAAUGAACUAGUGCAGGUUCACUGCAUGGGCUGGCUGUUCUCAGCCCCUCGUUCGAGAAUGAGGAAAGAAAUGUGCUUACUGUAUUGUAUGUUCAAGACCACGGGAGGGAACACAGAGACAUUCCAAGGAUCAGUGCCUUCUUUUGCUAUUCUUAGAGGGGUGUGAUUUUUGUCCUAAAAUCCAUUUCCUGUAUAAAUUGCCUGGAUUUUGCCUGUUGUAAGGCUAUAGCUUAGCAUGAUCGCUCCCCUCAGAAUCCACAUCUCCCACUUGUCAGUUUUCUUGGGUUUAGGUGGUGUUAGCUAUUUAUUUCAAACCCCUGCAACAGAGUUGGAUGCCCAUGAGCGUAUAUUGCAGGCCCAGCCAUCCUCUGCGUGGGCCGUGCCUGUGGAGCUGUAUUUCUGCUGGGUUGGAUGGCUGUUCAACUGACAGCUUCUCAGAUGCUGCUGUUUGACAGCUUUGUCCUCAGCAGCAGUUAAGUAAAUUAACAUCCUAAUAGGUUAUUUCUCACAGAUUCUGGUUUAGGCGCUUUUGUGGGUGGCACUUUAUGAAUGUUUUCAUAAGGCUGUUAAAAGUAUUUCAGAUGACUUUGUUUUUUUAAUUGUGAGCUUUCAUUGACAGCUGAUGAAAAGAACGAGGACGGUGUUUAAAAAAUAAUCUAUGUCAAACCGGUUUUGUAUUCGAUGUUAAACAGCUUUUCUUGCAUAAAAGUUUUUAACUCUAA